UCCCAGAUUUUGACCUCAUAUUCGUUAUUAGCGUUAAAUUCUGCGUCUAGUGAUGUGUCACGUAACCACUUUCAAGAAAAAAAAUUUUCGAUGUUGCAAAGGGGGACCUCAGCCUUAAAAUUUUUGAAAAAAACGAAAGUGAGUUUUUUGAAAAUCUGAAGCGACAGUUUUGUUCAGAAUUUGAUGCUGAUUUCAACCAUGUAAUUUUUAUUCGAAAAAAAUUGAGGCCACAAAACCGCCUUAUCCGCUUCCCUCCGUUCAAUUAUUUUGUGAGAAACUACUAAAUGUUAAAUAUUUAUCUUGCACAGCGUGUGAUUUAUCAUUUACGGAUGGGGAACUGUGGGAAAAUCUCAUAACAACAUGUUUUCCCUUCUUAUUCCAAUUUAAUUUAUUAUUUGCAUUUAUGUAUCCUGUUCCAUCUCAUAUCAAUAUUUCAGAAAUAACUGAAAAAUUUCAAACACAAUUUUGGUCACAGCGAAAGUUGUAUUUUGUUUGUGAUUAUUGUCCCAGUAAUCGAGCAACAUUAGAACUCUAUUCAAUGCCUUACAAUAAUGCAGCUAUUGAGCCUCUUAUAAAUAUUUAUAAAACCACUUCAUCAUCGAUAAUGAUUUAUGACAAAGUGAAAGAGUUAUUUAUAAAGUUUUCAACAACAAGAGAUUUGAAUACACAGCGAAUAUAUCCAAAUGUUUCUUCUCUAGUAUUGCUAAAUGAAGAUGAUAAUGGGGAACUUUUCAUGCCGUUUCCUUCGUUACCAUUCGUUUCUGAUAUUGGAAAAAUCAUCGUGUGGGAAAAUCUAAGAAAGUUAAGAUAUUUUUGUAACAAUUAUGAUCUAAUGGUGGAUGUAUUGAAAUGUGCAAAAAACAUAAUUGAACUUGAAUUUCUGUUCGGCUAUUUUAAGAACAUACUAGAUAAAAUUAACUGGUUAUUUAUUAAUAUCAAAACCUUCAAUCUGGUUGAUGGUUUCCUUGAGACGAACACAAUCGAAAAAUUAUCUAUAUCGUUUCCACAACUUGAACAUUUAACGGUAGAGAUUGACGAAGACUACGAACUUUAUACAAUCUUACCGUUAUUGGUUAAUCUUAGCAACAUAAGUUAUGUUGCUAUCCGCAUUUACUCAGUAAAACUUUGGAAAGAAGAAAUUGAAUAUUGGUUAAAAACAAACACGCUCUUCAGUAACUUUAGUAUUGAUUUUGAUGGAUUUCGCUUAAGACUGUGGUGUGAAUAA